AUGAAGUUAUUCGACUACAACAAAGAUUCAUUCUCGAAAGUUACAUAUAAUAUAGGAGGGAUAGAUACUCAUGUAUAUAACUCAGACAUUUUAACACCAUACAUUGAAUCAUUCAAUAAUGAAUUACAACAUCCAACUCAUGAAAUUCCAAUUAAUGUUUUAUAUUUAUUACAUCAAAGACAAGGAGAUUAUAAAUAUACUGAAUCAAUAGCUUAUAAUAUUUUAGAACAAUUUUAUUCUAAAAAAUCAAAUUUAGAAACUGGUGAUAUUCCAUUAAUUUGUGUUACUUUUGAUUUAAGAAAUCAUGGAUCAAGAGAAAUAGAUUCUUUAAAGAAUCAUGGUUGGGACAAGAAUAAAACUCAUGGAGUUGAUAUGAUAAGUUCUAUAAUGGGUAAUGUUAUUGAUUUAAAAUUAAUUAUUGAUUUUUUACCAACUUAUUUAAAUUUAGAUUCUUUAUUAAAUUUAGAUUUUAAACAAAGAAAUACUCAUUACAAGAUUAAAUUUGAAAAUAUUAUUAGUGGUUAUCUGUUAGGUGCUCAUACAAUUUUUAGAUUCAUUAAUGAAUAUCCAAAUUUAAUCAAGAUUAUAAACCCCGUUGUUGGAUGUAUUGAUUUAUCUUCAUUAUUAAUCAAUAGAUUGAAAAAAAAUUCAAUAAAUUCAUCAGAUUAUGAUAAAAAAUGGUUUUAUUAUAAUUAUGAAGAAUUAAAUCUUACAAAAGAAGAACAACAGAAAUAUCCACAAACUUUACAUAAUUUGUUACAAAGACAAGAUUUAAAUAUUUUUGAAAAUUUCCCCAUGCAUCAAAUAAAGAUGUUUGCAAGUUUUGGUAAUGAAGAUACUUUAGUUCCUCCAAAAUUAAGUUCUGUAUGGUGUGAUUCUUAUUUGAAUACUAAUGAUGAUACUGAAAUUUUUAUUGAAAAGGGAAUGGGACAUGAUGUAAGUGAUGAAAUGAUUGAUAAAUUUACUACUUGGUUAGUUAAAAAUAUUUAA